AUGGAGAGCCCAGAAGUGUAUGAGAAGCGCAUAGAACAAGAGUCGCCUGUACGGGAACCGUCACCAGUGACUGGAGCCGAGCGUGAGGAGUAUCCAGUGGUAUCAGAAACAGUCACCACUACCACUCACUAUGAGAUGGAGAGCCCAGAAGUGUAUGAGAAGCGCAUAGAACAAGAGUCGCCUGUACGGGAACCGUCACCAGUGACUGGAGCCGAGCGUGAGGAGUAUCCAGUGGUAUCAGAAACAGUCACCACUACCACUCACUAUGAGAUGGAGAGCCCAGAAGUGUAUGAGAAGCGCAUAGAACAAGAGUCGCCUGUACGGGAACCGUCACCAGUGACUGGAGCCGAGCGUGAGGAGUAUCCAGUGGUAUCAGAAACAGUCACCACUACCACUCACUAUGAGAUGGAGAGCCCAGAAGUGUAUGAGAAGCGCAUAGAACAAGAGUCGCCUGUACGGGAACCGUCACCAGUGACUGGAGCCGAGCGUGAGGAGUAUCCAGUGGUAUCAGAAACCGUCACCACUACCACUCACUAUGAGAUGGAGAGCCCAGAAGUGUAUGAGAAGCGCAUAGAACAAGAGUCGCCUGUACGGGAACCGUCACCAGUGACUGGAGCCGAGCGUGAGGAGUAUCCAGUGGUAUCAGAAACCGUUACUACUACCACUCAUUAUGAGAUGGAGAGGCCCAGAAGUGUAUGA